CUGUUACAGCACCUCAUACAGUUGGCCUUUGAGAAGGAUUUGACCCUCAAGUUCCGUGGCAAGUGGAAAGAAGUAGUAAUGAAAAAGUUCAAUGCAAAACGGAAGCAAAGAUUGCAGCUUUACUGAGGGUUUCUUCAUGACAUUGGUAAAUUAUGUUUUACAUUUAAUCGAUAUGCUUGUCAUUAUAGAUUUUCCGUCGAUUUGUUGAUUUGCUUAUUCAGUUGUUAUACGAUCAGUUAUUUGCUUAGUUAGCUGUUAUUUGAUAAUAGGUGCAUAUAGUGAGUAGCAUUGUAAAGCACUUGGAUAUUAUUAUUAUUUGUGUCACUCUUAUAUUUAAAUACCGGUACAAUGUGUCAGUUUGUAUAUUAUACAUGGUACGUACAUGUGCCCCCUCACAGAAAACAUGGUGCUCCCCUCCCAUGUAAUUCCUGGCUCUGGGCCUGUACUGGACCAUGGAUGGUAUCACUAUUUGUACCACAAUACUGACUUUGAAUCGAGUCAGAAUGGUGAUGAACCGAGGUUGAACCAAGCAGACAGUAAUAUGAACAGAGAUGAACCGAUUGGUUCAGCAGCAGCAUGGUGCCUGAGCAUUAGUGCAGUACUGUACAUUACCCUCGGUAUGGUACAGUUUCGGUGGUACAGGGUUCGUGGUGCACCCGGUACGGUACCUUCAGUACAGUAUCGUUCGGUGGUGGUACAGCACUCUGUGUUGGUACACCCAGUAUGGUAGCUUCGGUACGGUCCAGUUUGGUGGUACACUCAGUACGGUUCGGUUCGGUGAUACCCCAGCGCAGUAAUCUUGUUUGCUGUUCUGCGACCCACAGUUACUGUAGAAGCAAUAUAUAGGGAACCUAUAUAGCUUCAGGCAAACUAAUACAGCCCUAAGAGUGGGGAAAGCCGCUGUCAGAGUCCUGACAGCCUUCACAAUGGUACUGCAAGCAGGGACCAAAGCAGCAACAAAACACUGCGGGAAGGACUGCAAGCAAUCAGACCUGACACAGAGCUGAGCCCAGCAACUGCGCAGUGAAUUGGAAUGGUAACCUUGUUUGUUGUACAGUACUUAUAAUGGUGGGAACGUGAGCAGAUCUGGACCUACAGUUACCACAUUAGCAGACUAUAGGGGUGCCUACAUCAGAGCCGUGACAGCCUUUGCAAUAGCACUGCAAGCAGAGACCAGGGCAGCAACGAAACACUGCAGGAGGGACUGCGAACAGCCAGACCCGAAGCAGAGCUGAGCCAGUGACUGCUAAGUGAAUCGGGAUGGUAAACUAAUUUGUUGUGCAGUGUACCGGCGGGAACGGCAGCAGGUCUGGACCUAGUUACCAUGGGAGCGAUCUAUAGGGAUGCCCACCUAUAGCGCUUUUGGUUAACCCAGCAGCUGCGUUCGUAUUUCUGUAAAAAAAACUGAAUAAACACAAGAGAAACAAACUCUCACACAAAACAGUAAUGAUUGGAUUACUGUACAUAAUUUUCAUAACAAAAAACGGAACUUAAUUUUUAACUUCAAACGAAGCUAGCAGCCUGAGAGAGAGAGCACACGCAGCCGUCUUAAAGUUGUUCAAUCCCAGGGAAGGGGUGACGGGGGAACAAGGCCGCUGCAGGACUUAGCAAAAACAACGGGCUGAGUGCACAAUACAUGUAAGCAGCAAUCACUAUAAGCAUGUAACAAUUAAUGGCCUAAGUUAGUGUAAUUACACAAGCGAAAAAGCAGAUAUAAGUAACUUGAUACUUAUCUGUUUGUAGUCUCUCCAGUCAGGUUCGGAUGAAAAGAAAAAUUAUGACGAUGUCUGUAUCUGCAGUCUAGUUAUGCCCUCGGGGCGGGCAUGACUGUGUCACAGGUUAUUCAGGUUAUCAGAGUCUUUAGGAUAAAUACCCUUGAUAGGGAACUAUUACAGCGUUAAUGAAAUACUGCAUAAAUUAAGUGUAAAACACAAUACUUUGCAAAACAUUAUACAGUCGUAAGCAACAAGUAGUUGUCUGAUACCAGGCUCUUCUGUCAGGUCAGUCUUUGGAGGAAAAAUGGCGCUGAGAUCUGUGCACGCAGUCCCUUUAUGCCCUCUGGGGCAGGCCAUGACUGUGUCACAGGCUCGGUAAACAGCUUUGCUAUAUCUUAUCCAGGUCUUUAGGAGGUAAAUACCCAUUCAGUAAUGGUUACAUUUUAUACUUGAAAGGGAAUCAACUGUAUUUAAUUUAUGUUAAAAUAUUAAGUAUUUCUUUUUGACUGUGGCUUAUUUUAAAAUUGCAAUCAAAGCAAUACAACUGUGUUUGUGGGCAUUACAUGUUUCCAGGAGAUUUAUGAUUGCAAAGCAAUUGAAAGAUGUCAGUCCCAGCCAGUUGAGAGGCUGAAGAGGAUAAUAAUAUUUAAAACGUCCUGUAAGUACAUAUAUCCUCUCAGUCAGCAACUUUAAUGGGGUCAACACUACUCCCUUACACAUCAUCUCCACCAAGAGGGUAUUAGGGGAGAACUAAUGCUUCGCAGAUCAGAUGCACAGUCAGGUCUGAAGAAUACAGUAUCCUAGCUAAAAAGGAAGAGAAGAGUUAAAAUGUUGAAACUGAAGCAGAGAAGGCAAAGUCUUUUUCCAAACUGUAAACUUGGAGGCACCAUUUCCACAACCAAAGAUGCUCAGGAUAGUGAUCAAGCCUUACCAUUUGCAAAAGAAAGCUGUGUAAAGCAAUGGAAUUCUAUGCAAGAUCUAAGUCAUGAUAUUUAUGAUAUUUAUGCUCAAUAUGAGGACUCAGGUGAUGAUGAAAGACCCUUGCCAUUUAAACUCAGCUCCCCUUCCAAGAACUACAUGCUUAACAUCAAUGUUGGUGGCAAGAUUUACCAGAUUGCUUACAGAGCUGCAGCUAGGUAUCCAAAAACGAGGAUUGGGAGACUUGCUACCUACAUGGACCAUAACAGAAAACUGGAUCUUUGUGAUGAUUAUAUUGUGCAAAACAAUGAGUUUUUCUUUGAUAGAGAUCCAGAUAUCUUUCACCAUGUAUUCAACUUCUACAGAACUGGUGUCCUCUGGAUUAAAGAUGAGCUUUGUCCAAGAAACUUCCUGGAGGAGAUCAACUAUUGGGGGGUUAGAAUUAAAAAUACCCACAGAUGUUGUCGUAUUUCCUUUGAAGAGAGGCAAGAUGAGUUAAAUGAACAGCUCAAGAUUCAAAAGGAACUCCAAGCUGAAGUUGAGUUUGAGGAAAAUGAGGGACUCUUUACAGACAUGAAGUAUGGCAAACCAAGGAGAAUAAUUUGGAAUCUAAUGGAGAAACCAUUUUCAUCAGUCACUGCUAAACUAAUGGCUGUGGCCUCAAGCUUGUUUGUUUUAGUCUCACUUGUGGCCAUGACGUUAAACACUGUUGAGGAAAUGCAGUACAAAACUCACACUGGGCAACUAAGUGGUAAAACCUACCUUGAACAUGUCGAGACCCUUUGUAUUGCUUUCUUCACAGUGGAGUACAUCUUGAGACUUGUGUCUACACCAGAUCUGAAACAGUUUCUUAAAAGUGUUUUGAAUGCAGUUGAUUUAAUUGCCAUCCUCCCACUUUUUCUUCAGAUUACACUGGAAUGCUUUGAGAAUGAGGACUAUGGAAAACAUGGCCAUGACAUAGAAACUGUGGGUAGGGUAGGGAAAGUUGGUCAAGUAUUGAGAAUUAUGAGGCUAAUGAGGAUCUUUAGGAUCUUGAAGCUUGCUCGUCAUUCAACUGGUUUGAGGGCUUUUGGGUUUACUUUAAGGCAAUGCUACCAGCAGGUUGGGUGCCUCUUCCUCUUCAUUGCCAUGGGGAUUUUCACCUUCUCUGCCAUGGUCUACUCAGUGGAGCAUGAUGUACAUGAGACCAACUUUACCAGCAUCCCUCAUGCCUGGUGGUGGGCAGCUGUGAGCAUUUCAACUGUAGGCUACGGAGACAUGUUUCCAGAAACGCUUCUGGGGAGGUUUUUUGCUUUUGCCUGCAUUGCUUUUGGGAUCAUCCUCAAUGGAAUGCCUAUCUCGAUUCUCUAUAAUAAAUUCUCAGACUACUACACCAAGCUUAAGGCUCAUGAGUAUACAUCCAAACUGCAGCAUAGAGGGAAGAUUACGUUUUCUAAAAGAGCAACAAGGAAGAUUACAGAGUGCUGUGGUGGUGACCGACGUCACCAUUUGCCAAGACACAGAAACUUUUAAUAUUUCAAUGUUAUUGUUUAAAUUGCUGUUAUAUUGGAAACAUAAUAAUAAUAUACUUUUUAACUCCCAUAUUUAAUCUGGUUACACUUUAAAAUAAUGUGUCACAAAUUCCUAUGAAUACCAAUAGCAUUAGCUGUUAUCCCUGUGGUGUUCCACCUAAAUUCAUUAUGACUUUGUAUCAAUUAUUUUAAAUUAUCUCUAGGACUAGAACAAUCAUUACAAAACAACAAAAAUACUUUGUUAAUCCGAUAUUACUCCUAUUCAAUCCUACUAAACUCAUAUUGAAACUCAUAACAAUUUGCAGCCACUAUUUUAAAAAGUGGUUUAAUAAAAACACAAUGCAUAACCCAAAAAUAUUUAUAUAUAUUUGUUGUGAGUAAGGUUUAUUACGGGGGUUCUCAAACUGGUAGUGGCAGAAGACCCAAGUCACUUCAGAGUGGGUCCCAGUUAGGAAAAGUUUGAGAACCACUGGUCUAUUAUUACAGUAAGUAUAGGUGUUGUAGUCUAGCAUUAAAUUAAAUGGGUUGGAAAUAGAUCAAUAAUAUAAAGCUUGUUGUCUUUAUAAGAGAAUAAAAAACAAAGUUUUACAAAUGACAAUUUGAA